AAGACCUCUUCACCUUUUGAAUGAGAGCAGUGCUCUGAGAUCUCCCAAAUUCCACAGGGAUUAAGCUUCGGGCAGGGUCCUUCAUUGCCGGGUUUUUCUGGAUCGAGGGUUUUGUAACUUGGGCGAACAUGAAAGAGCAGUCAAGGGCCCUUCUAGAAGAAGGGCCAGAAGGAGUGAGAAACCCUGUCAGCGUGGCCCAGCCUGAAUUCACUGGGGAGCGAUCCGGCUGGAAAGCCAGGCAAGAUAUCCGAUGGGACCCCUCCAAGGGGAUGCAUCACUGGGAAACUCAAUGGCAAGAGUUCCUGAAGACCUUCCAGUCGCCUCACUCGGCCUGGGGGAGCCCGCCGGUGGCAGAGACCACCCUGUGGGAUGAUGCCAAGGCCUUCCUGACUUCCUUCGAGCAAGUGGCCCAAGCCUGCCAGUGGCCCCGGGAUGAGUGGGUGGCCCGCCUCUUGCCAGCGCUGAGUGGAGAAGCCCAGCAGGCCUUCAGCAGCCUGGAGGCCGGAGACAGGGAGGAUUAUGGGAAGCUGAAGGCAGCCAUCUUGCGCUGGGAAGCCAACCGCAUGGAAACCCUGCGCCAGCACUUCCGGCAGUUCCGCUCGCGGGAAGUGGAAGACCCCAGGCGGAUUUACAGCCAGCUGCAGGAGCUGUGCCGCCAGUGGCUGAGGCCGGAGAGGCACUCGAAGGAGCAGAUCCUGGAGCUGCUGAUCCUGGAGCAGUUCCUGGCCAUCCUGCCACCGGAGCUGCAGAGCUGGAUCAGGGCUGGCGGCCCCGAGAACUGCACCCAAGCAGCAGCCCUGGUGGACGAUUUCCUGCUGAGCCAACAAAAGGUGGACACUUGGAAAUGGCAGGAACCCUUGCAGGGAAUGAUCAGGGGCUCCCCAGAGGCGGAAGGGGCUCCCUCAGACUUCGAUCAGAGACGGGUCGUCAAAGAAACCAAACAGAACAGCAGCAGAGAUGCUGGUUUGCUGGGCAGUGGAAUGACAGGCCCCAAUGACUCCGAGAUCUCUCUUCCUUCCAAAGAACAAGAUGCGACCAGAACUGGGCCGACAGAGGCACCAGUGACCCUCAAGGAGACGAGCAUGUCUGUGCACGUGGUUGAGCCGGCUCUGGCAAAACCUGGCCGAAGGACAAUGUUUUGGCAAGUCAUGCAGGAAGAUGAAGGAAAUGCAGAUUCUUUGGAGGGGCUUUUGGUUCCUAAAUCUGACCUCACCUCCCACCUGGAAAAAGAUGAUGAGAUGUUUGUUCAGUUCGCAGAGGAAAGCGAGAGGCUCCCAGGCCGUGAUCCAGGUCUCGAAAAGAGAAGCCAGAUCAAGAUGGAGGGGUCUCGGCAGGGCGAGGCGGGGCCAGAGGAAACACAGGGGGCAGCAGCGGAAGUCUCCCCGUGGAAUUUUCCUGUGACGGCUGAUAUUCACGUGCCGAGAUGUAACGAGAAGAGAAGUCAGAUCAAGGUGGAGAACUGGCAGCAGGUAGAGCUGGGCUCAGAAGAAGCACAGUGGACUUUAGCAGAAAUCUCUCCCUGGGAGAGUCCGAUGACAGCAGAAAUUUAUGAGCAAAGAUGCGAGUGCCAUGGGGACCGGGGGACAAAGCCAGCAGAGGAAGAACACGGGUGCAGUGAGAUGGCAUUUACAGCUUCCGUUACUGGGAAUGCUGCAGUGUCCUCUCGGACAAAAAAGUCCUUAGUCUCCAGGUAUGGUAGAAGAUAUCACUGCCGAUCAGGAUUUGUUAUCAAUCAUACCGAGGAGGACAUCUUUGAACAUCCCAUAUCAGGAGAUAACCUGCAGCCCAAAUCAUAUCUUGUUAAGCACCAGAUGAUCCAAAUGGGAGAGAGGUCGUACGUGUGCUCUGAGUGUGGCAAAAGCUUCCAUCUGAGAUCGAAUCUGCUGAGGCACCAGAAGGUUCAUACGGGUGAGAAUCCUUAUGAAUGUCCGGUGUGUGGGAAAAGUUUCACAUCCAGAGGAGCUGUCAUGGUCCAUCAAAUAAUCCACACAGGGGAAAAACCAUUCGGAUGUCCUCAGUGUGGGAAAUGGUUCAACCAGAGAACAAAUCUCUUGAGACACCAGAGGAUCCAUACUGGAGAGAAAGUGCACGAAUGUCCCAAGUGCGGGAAAAACUUUUACCGGAGAGAUAAGCUUAGUCAACACCAGAGAAUACAUACGAGGGAAAAACGUUACGAAUGCCCCGAGUGUGGGAAAAGCUUUAUUCAUAAGGAGAAAUUCCUGCGGCAUCAGAGAAUUCAUCGUGGCUUCUAGUGGUGUUUACAUUCCAAGGAUAACACAUCACCUUGGGAAGCAUCAGUGAAAAUUCAGCUAAGAGAGAAAUUUGGUUCUGGGGCUUUGUGUCCUUUGGAGUAUGCUUCUGGAUUAGGGAAGCCUAAAUACUUUGUGGCAGAUAAAACUUUUUGAAAUGAGUAAAAAAUUGGAGGCACAUUAAAGUUAAAUCAGCCAGACACUUAUAAAAAUCUCACAUGCCCCUAAAAAACAUAUUCCUGAAUUUAUCUGACUAGCAGUAGUGUUUGCUGAGAUGUAAGUUCCAUUGGAUUCAUUGAGACUCCCUAUCAGGUAACUGUUGUACUCCGAGAUGAAGGCAUCUCCUCUGCUUAUAAUAAAAAUUAAACCACCAGGGAAUCAUGAAACCACCGAUUCAGGAACCUCCCAGUCAUUAUAUAAGCCCCAGUCAACUUUAGAACAGAAAUAAAUUCCAGUAGAGUGUCCCCAGACAAAACUUCCUUAACACCCAGAUUUCGAAAUCUAAUUGAUUCGACCAAAAGCAGAGGCUCUGAGAGUUGAAAGAAAUUGAUAAAUGAAUGAAAUAAAUAUCUCAGUCCCCUGGGACCUGUUAACAGCACAGAGUAUGAAGAGAAUUCUGUGAGGAAGGGGGCUAAAAACGGCCAUCCAAGAGACCUGAACAGCAGAUGUCUUUUAAAAGGUGUCUGACAGUGGCUUCCCCCCCCACCUUCCCCAGGAUAGUCAGGACUGUCUGCAUGCAUUUUAUCAUGGCCUUUCCAAUCUUUUUUUGUGUGCUUCAGUUAAUCUCUACGAGCUCUAUGAAGAACAAUAGUACUACAUGACUAAACCAACAUUAAUUUUUAAAGUGCCCUGAAUUGUUCCCACUUCCGCAGGGAAGUGAGGCUGCUAAGCAUGAUGGGUAGAAGAGUGUUAUUUAACUAUAUUUACUUGGGUCUAAGGAGGGAAGAGAGUUGACUUUGCUAAUUGAGACGAGGCAAGUUUUGAAAUGGCAAGGACUUCAUAUAUGGUCGGGGAGAUGGGAAAUGUGGAAUCCAGGGUGCAAAGUGGGUCUUGGGGCUGCUGUGAUGUGGGGGCAUCCUCCUGGGUAAACGGUAGCAGCUUUAAAUGCUGUCAAAACUUCUCAAGUGAUCCAGCAGCAUAGCAUCUUUUGUACUGUUACAAAGCACCUAGAGGCCAUAGGCAUUCAAUAAACAAUAGCGAUAGUGUUUGUUUUCAAUAAAGUUUUGGGAUUUUGAGAAACUGCAAAAUGGUGUCUUUUAAAAAAAAAAAAAAAACAAACAAA